GCUUAUGGAAAUGGGAUUUAAAUCGCGCCUGAUCGCGGGAAGGGAGGCACGCUCAGCAGCCAACAAAAGCUUCCCCCGAACGCCUGGUUUCCAUACGAAAAGCCUGCGCGCAUCUCUUUUCUCCUGCGCGCAUCUCCUUCUCCUGCGCGCCGGGGCCCCGCAGCCGCUGUCUGCCGAGGCGGGCAACAACGGGAUCGGGACGGGGUCCCAACCGGGCCGGGGAGUCGGGGCCUGGGGUCCAGGGUCUGACUGCGCGCCUGGGAGCAGGCAGCGGGCAGCGGGGAGGCCCCUCGUGUGUAACAGGAUUAUCUUUGCCAUUUCAAGUUCCAUACAGCAUGUAAUUUAUUUUUAAUUAGGAUUAGAUUGAGCAGGGAAGGAGACCAGACCUUUCUCCCCCCCCCAAAUCUCCCCCCUGCAAAGGAACAGCUAUUCCAUGAGUAGCUCUUACUCUUUAUAAAAAAUCAAUCAAUCGAUAAACCAGGAACUGUUUUCACCUCCCACACACUUUGCAAGAGGAAAGGGUGCAAAGGGCUUUAUUUUCAAUGUGUGCUUAAGAAUCUGCAUCAGGAGAGGCUUGGAAAUCUUUCCCCUUUCCCACCCACCCAGUCCUCAUCUCAUGCACUUUCGAUCCAAACCCAUUCGUAAGAGGGUCCCGGUGGGGUCUUGCUCCUCUUGCCUUUUUUUUUUAGAGGGCAAAAUGAACUUUCUUCCUUGCCUGGGUUAUUAUUCUUUUCUUCUUUUUUCCCCCACAGUCGUGACUUUGAUUUAAAAAAAAACCCUCAACAUAUUAGUUGCUCCGCUGGAGCAGAGCCUUCUCCUCGAUAGUUUGGAUAGAGUCCAUUACAGAAAUGUUCUGAAAGGCUAGUGAAGAAUCCCAUCUUACAGCUCAAAAAUAAACAUACGGAUCAGCUGCAUUAAAAGCACUUCUUUGAAAUAUUGUGGUUAAACAGCCCAGAUUGGUUGAUUGCUCCAUGCGAGGACAUAUGUUCUUGCAAACUGUGCGUAUUGCUACUAAUGGGGAUUCUCACACUACAGCCUUUGCUUUGAAUGUGAGGCACUGGUGGUUUCUCGUGAGCUGUUGCAAGGUUGUUUUAAUAAUUUACCAGCUUUCUUGCACUUAGUGUUGUUGCAGAGACUCAGCCUGCUAAGAAGGAGGUGUUUCACGGUGUCCGGAGGUCUGAUCUCUGCUGCCAAGCUCCUUUGCGUACCUCUUAGACAUGGAUAUCAAAGCUGCUCUUAGAGGUGGAUGUCAGGAAAAGGAAAAAGCAAGUCUCCUCCACUCAUCCCUAUGAACCUGAAUUCCUGGGUAAUGUGCUACUCCUGCGGAGUGAAAGCAUUUCUAGACCACCAGCCUCAUGCCACCAGCAACCAGGUCAAUGAUGGCCAGCAAAUCACUCCAGAAAACUCCCUUUUGUCAUACUCCCCGUACCUGCCACUGUUGGGACCAAAACAGAUGCUGCUUGGUCUGAGGGAGACUCGUCGCUUAGAUGGGCUCUUUGCCAAUGCGUCCGGCUCUGUGGAUGACAAAGGAGCUUGUCAGUGCUUUGUGUACUUGCCAGAUACCACCUUUCCAGUGCAGAAGGCUGAGAAAUUGGAAAUUAUAGCCACAACACUCGUGGAGAAAUUCGAGAGAGAGCUUUCUCAAGUCAGAAAGUACUCAAAGCUGAUUGUACAAUAUCAGCAGCAAAUCCAUAAUCUAACCGUCAGAGUGGAAUAUAUGGAGAAGAGCAGUGUAUCUUUCACAGAGCUGGACUUCGAGUUACUGAGAGUGGAAAUCCUUGAACUGGAGAGACUGGUCACUCAGCUGAAAUCCAGUCUUGUUGGAAGCAAUGUCAUCGUUGAACAAAUAUAUUUGGAGAUCACAAAUCUGACUCUACUGGUAAAUCAACUAGAGUCACUGGACAAAAACAAUGUCCUUGCAAUUCGUAAACAAAUUGUAUCUCUGCAGACGAGAUUGAAAGAGUGUGAAGAGAGUGCAAACAAAACUACAGAACCUCCUUAUUUCCCCCCUGGUAGCUGCGUUCACCGUGGACUGCUGAAUGUUAGCCAGCCCUAUGUUGUAAAGCUGAACUGGAAAGGAUUUUCCUACAAAUAUGGUUCCUGGGGUAGAGAUUACUCUCCCUCUAACCCAGAGGCGGAAGUGUAUUGGGUUGCACCAUUGAACACAGAUGGGAGAUACUUGGAAUACUACAGAAUCUAUAGUUCCUUUGAUAAUUUGCUGCUUUUUAAACCCACGUAUGAAAGAAGAAUAACAUAUGGGGAAGGCAGUGGUGCUGCCCUUUACAAUAAUUCUUUGUACUAUCAUGCGUACGGUUCAGGAUAUAUGGUGAAGCAUGAUAUAAAAACAAACACCAUGAUUUUGAGGAAAAUUCUUCCAGGUGCUGCUACCGGUAACCGUUUCUCUUACGCAGGUGUAGCAUGGCAAGAUAUAGAUUUUGCCGUGGAUGAAAGUGGAUUGUGGGUAAUAUAUUCCACAGAAAAUAACAUGGGCAACAUUGUGAUUAGCAAACUCAAUGAGACCACACUUGAUGUGCUAAAUACUUGGCAGACAAGACAGUACAAGCCAUCUGUUUCCAACGCUUUCAUGUUAUGUGGUGUUCUGUAUGCCACAAGGCCAGUAAGCACUAGAGAAGAGGAAAUUUUCUACAUGUAUGACACGAGUACUGGCCAAGAAGGUAGAAUUAGUGUGAUUAUGGAUAAAAAGUUAGAUACAAUCCAGAGUAUUGAUUACAGUCCUGCAGAUCAGAAAUUGUAUGUUUACAAUGAUGGUUACCUUCUAAGAUACGAUGUGGCCCUUCAGUCUUAGUAUCACAGUCUCAUAAACGUGUGAUAAAACUGGCAGCAACUAAAAUGAGAGAUAUGAUAUGCCUUUAGACAAUGCUCACUGCCUGUUUAGAGUUCAUUUGGUCUGAUGUACUGUAUCUGUGGGUGCCAUAUAUAUUACUUUUACUCUUUAAAGAAAUUGCUCACUCUGGUCAGCAGUAUUGCUGGCAGCAGUGUCUGGCAGUACUAGGUUCUUUAGGUUUUUAUUUGUGUUUAUUAGUUUUUAGUGCUUUACAAUUGCCCUGCCUCUAAGAGGAGAUGUAUUGCGUAGAUUUAGAGCAUUCUGUUCACAAAAAUUGAUGGUCAUAGGCUAAUCUACUCACUGAGAAGCUAAUUACCCACCAAUGAACAUUUGUCAAUGUAACACAGGCAAGUCACCCAGAAGCUAAGAAUGAAUUUCCACUGGUCUUCAUCAAAAUGUACUGAGGUCUCAGAGAAAUUAUUCAAAGGAUUAAAAUAGUAUAGGAGGUAGAUUUGGUCAGAGGGUAGCAACCCAUUUUUUAGGUGGAAGCAUUUAUAUCUGGCUCAAGACUUCAGGAGAGAGAGUAGAAAUACACUUUGCUCUUUGCUCUUUGAAGUUUUACCACAAGUAAGGCAGAGCUGGCAUUGGAGCAGGGACGGAGCUCACUGCUCUUGCCAACAUUCAUGCAUCAGGACAGCUGUCUCUGGAGCCCCACUUGUAGCUGUGCCCCCUCAGCUCAGCCCUCUUCCAAGCUGCCCCAGCACAAAGAGUGACUUUGAGGGCAAAGAUGGGCAGAAGGGUUCUCACCAAUUUCCUUUCUGCCUCUCUCUGCUGCCAUUAGCAUCUCCUUCUGCCUAGAACUGGACUUACAAAAGGUCCUCUGGCAAUCUAGUCAUAUUUUGUGGUCACCAUGGCUCCAUUUCCCUGGCAGCACAGUGCAAAACCCACUGUUUUCCUUUACGCUUUUGUAAGCUGUUGCAAAUCCUCCCAUUGACUUUAUUGGCCACAGAUGGCUUUUAAGUAUAUAUCAUGCAUUGCCAUAGAAUGACAGCCAUGUUAUUUAAUGUGCCUUUAUUCAGCAUUUUUGCCAUUCUGUAAUUAGAUUCCUGAGUGCCUUGUUAGUGUAGGGUUCAAUUUCUUCCCUGGGUAAUUCUGUCUUACAGCAGAUCUUGUGGAAAACAGAAGUCUCGUUAUACUAGCUGGAUACACACGAUUUUUUUUAAUGGAUAUCAUGUAAUAGCUUUUAAGUGUGUGCACUGUAUCAAUGUCACAAUGUACCUUCAUCACAUCAGCAGGCUGAAAUACUGUAAUUUGGAGCUCUACAGUGAUGAAGAAAUCUGUUCAUGUGGUUCAUUUUCUUCUGUUACCUACACAAUCCUGUCUGUGUCCACUGAUAAUCAAAAUCAAUACAUACACAAAUGAUUGCUUUUGUUUUAAUAAAAACAAAAUUUCAAAGAAUCGCUGUUGUGUUGUAGAACCUUGCAAAGCUGCUUGUGAUGAAUAGGUAACCUUAGGGAUGCAACAGGAAGCCAUGGCACCAAGUGUUUGAAACAGGGUCAUUGCACUCACUUGGGCUCCACGUGCUUAAACAUCUUCAGGAACAACGCAAAGGUGUGAACCAGUACGACAAAAAACACAUGAGAGGAGCUGUACUUCCCCAUACAGAAAUAUGUCAGCUGGUGAGGAUAACAUUUCUCCACCAAGCUGAGAUGUUACUCGAGAUAUCGAAGGCUGAUGAACUGAUGACACAUUUUGAAGCCAGGUGUUUCCACUUAUCAGGUAUCAGCAUCUGUUUCUUGGAAACCUGUGAAAUGAUUUUGAAAGCCGUGGAGGCAUUGCUGCAGUAAUGUGAUCAGUCAGCACAUGUGGUAU